AACCCUCCAACAGAGUCCAAUUCCUCUCUACGCUUCGCAGUGAUUGGUGACUGGGGCGGUCUACCCCUCCCUCCAUACUACACCAAGCAGGAGACCUUGGUCGCAGCUGAGCUCGGCAAAACUGUGGCAAAAUGGGGAGCCGACUUCAUCGUGUCUGUUGGAGACAACUUCUACUAUGAAGGUGUGAAGGAUGUCACCUCAGAUAGGUUUAAGACCAGCUUUGAGUCAGUGUUUGAUGCAGAGUCCCUACGCAACGUCCCCUGGUAUGUUAUCGGUGGAAACCAUGACCACUAUGGGAACAUCACGGCUCAGUUGGCGUACUCCAAAAUAUCUUCUCGAUGGAGAUUCCCAGACUUGUACUAUGACCUAGUCUUCAAGAUUCCAACCACCAACGUGUCUGUGCGUCUCGUAAUGCUGGACACCAUAGUCUUGUGUGGCAACUCUGAUGACUUCCAUGGAGGUCAACCGCUAGGUGCUGCUAACCCAAAGUUGGCCAAUGAACAGCUUGCUUGGCUAACAAAGAAACUGGAGACAGCCAAGGAGGAGUACUUACUGGUGGUGGGUCAUUACCCGGUAUGGUCCAUCGCUGAACAUGGCCCUACCCACUGCCUUCUGCACCAUGUGGAGCCACUGCUUAGGAAAUACAACGUGACAGCUUAUCUGUGUGGACAUGACCAUAACAUGCAGUAUCUGCAGGAUGACGUUGGUAUUGGAUAUGUGCUGAGUGGGGCUGGAAACUUCUUAGAAAAUUCACGGAAGCACAAGGAAGCCGUUCCCAUGGGCUACUUGCGUUUUUUCCAAGGCGAAGAGGAACCUUUGGGAAGUUUUGUCUACAUGAAGGUUACCGCUAAAGAAUUGAAUAUAACCUACAUACAGUCUGGAGGCAAAAGUCUUUUCCAAACCACCCUCCAUCCACGGAAGCUGUAA